AUGCGUGGCCGCAUCAUAUCGCUGAGGCAGGAUCCUCUCUGCCUGCACUACCGAACUACCUGGCCUGACCACCAGCCCAAAGCUCGUAACCUUCCUCAUUUGAACGGUUCGGCAAGCCCGAGUGUGGACGACACGGAAGAUAUGCUUCGACGCUAUUUCAGCCUGAAUCUGGAUCUCGUUUCCAUGUAUAAGCAAUGGUCAGAUGCCGAUGCCAACUUCCGCAAGAAAGCGCCAGGCUUCACAGGUGUACGUAUCCUUAGCCAGGAUGCCUGGGAAGCACUGGUCUGCUUCAUCUGUAGCAGUAACAAUAAUAUCGGCCGUAUAUCUCAAAUGGUUCAUAAACUCUGCGAACACUACGGAUCCUUCCUCGGCAAGGUCGCAAACAACGCAAUGCAUGAUUUCCCCACCCCAGACGCCCUUACAGGGAAUCAAGUUGAGUCUCAUUUGAGAGAGCUUGGCUUCGGAUAUCGAGCCAAGUACAUCGCAGAGACGGCGCGCCUCGUUGCGCACGAAAAGCCGGCUCAGUGGUUGGAGUCGCUGCGAAAUCCCGAGCAUGAGGGCCUGCUAGACUGGAAGGGGCCAGAACCCCUCAAGGUUACCUACAAGGAAGCUCACAACGAGCUGCUGUCGCUGGCCGGUGUCGGUCCAAAGGUCGCAGACUGUGUGUGCCUCAUGGGUUUGGGUUGGGGCGAGUCUGUGCCGGUUGACACCCAUGUUUGGCAGAUCGCUCAGAGAGAUUACAAGUUUGGAAAGACGAAAACUAAGACAUUCAACAAGGUCAUGUACGAUGCUGUCGGUGACCACUUUAGAGAUAUAUGGGGGAAACAUGCCGGCUGGGCACAUUCUGUCCUCUUCACCGCCGACCUGCGAGAGUUUGCUGCUCCAAAGGUGAAGAAGGAGGAGGCUUUGUCUGCGGAGGAAGUGGAGGGCCCAGCAUCCAAGGCAGAGACGCCACGCCGCAGGAAAAGGGGUGCGACAGUAGAAGCGGAGGCGAUUGCUACGAUCAAGGUGGAGUCCUCUAGAGCUGGAGUGAUGCUGGAGGCUGAAAAGACGAUCAAGCGGAGGAGAACACGGGGGCGACCUUAG